AUGGACUACAACGAAGGUACCGGCGAGGAGGUCGACAAGGGUAAAGGGAGGCACGUCAGCCAAGGUCAAGGCAUGGAGUUGGGUGUAGGUCACAUCAUGCAAAUCGACCGAAAGAAAGUUCCAUUUGUUGUCCCAAGAGGUCUUCGUCGAGCAUUGUUCGAUCAGCGAAAAGCGGAAGUUCGACGGAAAUAUGGCCCUCCAGAAGAGCCGCAAGAGCCAGAAGAAAAUGAAAAUGAAAAGUUGGUUCCCAAGAGUGGUCUGGUGGUCCUUGUGAAAUAUUUUGCCUAACAAACUGAAGUUCUCCAGCUAGCAGCGGCUUUUGUAACCCCAUGGCCCUUGUCACCCCUUCCACAACCAACAACUUGGGUCCGUUGGGUAUACAACUAAACACUUUCGACUCCACACCGCCCGACUUUUCCACGAUGACUACUCGGCCAAGAUAUUUUGACAUGCAUCAAAAAUACUAUUUUGACGGAGAGCAUUUCAUGGGAAACUUGAUUCUUUGCUACGGCUACUGGUUUGACGAGGUUGAACUCCAGGUCGGGGAGAUGGGGGAGGUUUUCUCAUUACCCUUUAACAAAAGGGAUCGCAGAGCACGCACUUGGGCCCGAGAGAAGUGGAAUGAGAUUGGGGAGGAAAUGAUGAAAGUUCCAGGUUUGAAAUAUCAGCCCUACUUGGUACAGUGGCAUAUUGCAGAAGAUUUCCUUCAUGGUAAGUUUUGCUUUUUUGAACGGGGAACAUCUCCUGAGUUUUAUGCCUAGCAUUUCUCCCACCAAAGAGGCACCGUUGGUUCGGUCCUAAGCCGCCACCCAUACCCGACUGUUACCAACUGGGAGCAAAAAAGCAAGAUGUCAACAUGACCGGUAUGACCUUAACCCUAUAUAUAACCUAUCCUUUGAAGGUCUCCCAUUUACACGAAUCUAUUAGAAGAAUCAGCCUCGACCAUGAACUUACAUACGACAACCACUGCUGAGUCUUCCCAUCCAAGCACGCGACCACCAGAAGAGCAAAUCAACAAUUAUGAGAUGAACACAGAUAGUCUUUCUGACCCUUUCCACUCAUACGAGAUGUCCAAAGAAGCAGUCGCGAUCCCAAUACCAUAUGCGAUGAACCAUGCUGGGUCCCUAGGUCGAGAUGAUCGAUCUACUGAAGAGCCACUCAAUGACUUUGAGAUGGACAUGAGUAAUUCUCCCGCGCCUGACCACUCGAAUCAGAUCCCCGUAGAGGAAACAUUCGAAAGUUCAACACCACAUGCGAUACCUCCUGCUGAGUUCCUUGGCGGAGAUCAUCGAUCCUUUGAAGAGCUGCUGAAUGGUUUUGAUACGCACGUGAAUAGUCUUCGCGAGCCUAGCAAUCUAGACCAGAUAUCAGUGGAGCAACCAUUCGAAAGAAUCGAAACUUCAACACCACAGUCGAUAAAUCAUGCUGCAACCCCCGGGGGUAAUAAUCAAUACGCAGUCCAGCCAUUCGACGAUUAUGAAAUGAACAUGGAUACUUCCUCUGGGCCUUCCUAUUCAAACCAAGCAUCCGUAGAAGAACCAGGCGCGAAUCCAACACUUGAUCCAACAAUUCCUGUGGGAGUUCUCCGCCAAAAUAAGCGAUCCGGGGAGGAACCAUUUGACGAGAGGGAAUCAAAGAAAAGGAUGAGCCGAAAUGUUCGCGGGAAUGACGACAUCUCUGUGCAGUUCAGACAGGACUAA